AUGCCCUCCACCCCCCUCUCACACCCUCUCCCCCAAACCAUCAAAGCCCUCCUCCAACCCGACAUCCACAGUCCCAAACUCAUCCUCGCCACAAUUCCCACCCCUGUAGCCACCCCAGGAACCACCGAACACCUCAUCCACGUACACUCCACCUCUCCCUGCGCCGGCGAACUCACCUGGACAGCCAACCUCUCCGCCUACACUUCUCUCCUCCCAACUCUCUCCCCCUCCUCCGUAACUUCAAAACUACAAAUCCCAUGCUACGACCUCUCCGGCACCGUUGUCACGGCACCCCCCAAUUCUCCUUUCCCUCCCGGCACAGAGAUAUAUACUCGAACAUCUUUUUCCCGUCCCGGAAACGCUCGCGCAUACACCAUCGCGCUAGCAUCCGAGCUGGCCCGGAAACCGAAAAAUCUCUCCUGGGAAGAGGCAGCCAGUAUACCACUUAGCGCACUUACAGCAUGGCAGGCACUGUAUAUACAUGGAGGUCUGCGCUGCGUGUAUGCACUCGAUGCGAAGAUAGAGAAUGAGAGGAAGACGGUGUUGAUUAAUGCCGCGUCUGGGGGGGUCGGAACGCUAUUAGUGCAGUUUGCGAAGGCGGGGGGGGUCGGAGAAGUGAUUGGGGUUUGUUCUGCGGGGAAUGUGGAGAUGGUGGGGGGAUUGGGAGCGGAUGUGGUGUUGGAUUAUGGGAGGGAGGGAGUGGGGGCUUGGGGGAAGAGAACGGGGAGGAAGGUGGAUUUGGUGGUGGAUUUACUGGGGGGGGAGAGUUUGGUGCAGGCGUGGAAGGUGGUGAAGAGGGGGGGGAGAGUGGUGAGUGUUAAGGAGGAUCCGAGUGUGUGGAGACCGAGGGAAGGGGUGGCAGAGGAUGUGGAGGGAAGGUUUUUUGUCAUGGAGCCUGAAGGGUGGCAGUUGGAGGAAACGGCGAAGUUGAUUGAGAAGGGGCAGGUGAAGGCUACGCUUGAUAGUGUGUGGCCGUUGCGGGAUUUUGAAAAAGCAUUUGCUAUUGUUGAGGGAGGUCAUGCGAGAGGGAAGGUUAUAAUUAACGUUUGA